AUGAAAGCUUUCAUCACCUUUGCAGCUUUGGCAGCUGGCGUCGAUGCCCUCGUCGGGCGCACUGAUAGCUGUUGCUUUCAACUCACGGGCCCCAACGGCUCCCCAGUGGGUCAACUGAGCGACGGUCAAAACCGAAUUGGCGACAGCAGUCUCGCUGCUGCUGAGUUCUGUAUCAGUUCUGAUGGCUCCAUCACGGAUGGCAGCGGCCGUGGCUGCAUCCUUACCCCACCAACCACCCAGUUCCAAUGCGACGUGGGCGCCACUCCCACCCCCGGAUUCUCCAUCAGCUCUUCCGGCCUGCUGGAAUUCAACGGAAGCCCCGUCUUCAUUGCAUGUGAAACUGGCGACAACGGCGGCGAAAACAUUCACACGGCCGAGCCCAUUCCUCUGGGAACUUGCUCCAAUGUCGAAUUGAAAGCCAGCUCGUGCUUCACUUCUACUUCUACCUCCAGCUCGACCUCCUCGUCAAGCAGCAGCUGCCCCGAUACCCUGACAGCGGGUAGCUUCGAAUUCCCGCACCUGAUUGUCCCCAUUGACUCAAGCUCCCCGAACACCGCCGAAGGCACCAAGUUCAAUGGCGAGGUCUCCUCGACCGUGUCGACCAUCUUCAACUUUGAUAUUCCCCAGGCCGACUCUGGAAAGACUUGCAGCCUGGUCUUCCUGUUCCCCAAGCAGGCUGAUCUUCAGACAUCGUCGUUUACGUUCAGCGGAGAUGGCAAGAUCGAUGUUUCUGAACUCUCCAGCCCAGCUACCGCCUCUACCACCUUUAAUAAUGCCCCGUCUGUGUCCAAGGACCUAGGUGAUAUCACUGUUUCACCUGGAAACUCGUUCGUCAUUUCGACCUUUUCCUGUCCUGCUGGCCAAACUGUUGCCUUUGAGAUGAAGAAUGCUGGCAGUACUGAGCUGGAGUUCUUUGAGGACUCUAACCCUUCUCCGUAA